UACCUUUUCUAUUGUCCCUGCUUGUAUUUCCGCAUUGAAGGUGGAGACUUUUAGUGGGAUAUGCCUGCUGUGUUACGUUUGGGGAAGUUGCACAAUAUCGGAAAGUCACAUUUUACUGAACUGUAAGUAAAGUAUCAGUUUGCUAAUGGUCUGCUUUUACGGGUGCACUCAACGGAGGACAAUAAACCCCCGUAACGGCUCUGGUUGUUGUACAUCAUGUCAGUAUAACCAAAACUCAGGUUGUGUUAGCUUUUUCUGGUAGAAUGAAUAAGUCAGUAACUUCCGGUACUUACAUUCGCAACCUCAGUUAUAGUUUACUUCGCAAAGUGUCCGAUUUUUUGGAUCCUCAAGACAGGUGGAAAGAUGUUAUUGCGUCGAUACGGCAGCCGAGUGGGGAGUAUAGGUACUCUCAGCAUCAUGUGAGGAGAUUUGAAGGCCUUGUUGCACAGGGUAAAAGUCCCACAGUGGAGCUGCUGGCUGACUGGGGGACCACCAACAGUACAGUGGGUGAACUUGUGGACAUUUUGAAGAGUCACAAGUUACUAGCUGCUGCUAGUGUUCUGCUACCUGUGGAAGAGGCCAUCUCAGCAGUGACACAGCAGGCCUCUCCAGCAGUAGAAACAUACAGUGCCCUUCCAACUAGACUACUGGAAGAGGCAGAGACACAGCCACCAUCUGUCAGCUCUGUUCUGCAACCACACAUUCUACUGGAGAGCAGUCAACCCGGCCACACAGGUUUUUCCAGUUUCUUGUACAAUGAGCUCUUGCAGAUUACAGGCAACUUUGAUGACCGUCCGAUAUCGGGCGGCGGCAGCAGGCUCGGAGAGGGAGGCUUUGGCACUGUAUACAAAGGUCUCUUGAAUGACAAACCUGUUGCAGUGAAAAAGCUCAAUCCAAUGGAGGAUGUCUCCCUGGACGAGCUGCGAGUUCAGUUCAGCCAAGAGAUCCAAACUCUGAAAGUGUUGAAACAUGAGAACUUGGUUGACAUGGUUGGAUUUUGUUGUGAUGGACAGCACCCAUGUUUGGUGUAUGCCUUUAUGGCCAAUGGUUCCUUGCUAGACCGAAUAGCUUGCUUGGAUGGAAGUCCUCCACUGUCCUGGCAACAGAGAUGCUUGAUAGCUGAAGGGACAGCAAGAGGUUUGGAGUAUCUGCACAGCAACCAUCACGUCCACAGAGAUGUCAAAAGUGCAAAUAUUCUGUUAGAUGAAAAUUUAGUGGCAAAGAUCUCAGACUUUGGACUGACGAGAGCAUCAGCCAAGAGGACAUCGACAACCAUGAUGACGGAUAGGAUUGUAGGUACCCGUGCAUACAUGGCACCUGAGGCGCUAAGAGGAGAGAUCACGCCAAGAUCUGAUGUCUUUAGCUUUGGAGUGGUGUUGUUAGAAUUAUUGUCUGGACUCCCGCCAGCCGAUGAAAACCGCGAGCCACAGUUCUUGAUGGAGGUGAGGUAUGAUAUAGAUGAUGAAGACGAGGAGCUGACUUUUGAAGACUUCCUGGACAAAAAGAUGGGAGACUGGGAGCUGAGCCAUGCGGAGAGUGUCUACUCUUUGGCCUGUAACUGCCUCCACGAGAGGAAAAACAGACGGCCAGUCAUCAAACAGGUCUUGUUGGAGCUUAAAGGAGUUGUCAAAAGCAUCUCGCUGGAGUUGGAGGCACAGGAGUGAAGUGUAGCAUCCAAGAGAAGAUACAAGAUUUCUGAACCUGCUCCAGUCAAAGUGCACACACUGACAAAUUCAUGUCCUUUUCAACAGAGAAAUGAAUGUUGCUUGUUGACUUUGACUGACAAAAGUUUAUUGUAAUAAAAAGCUGCAAUUAUUUUUAUUUAUUUAAAAGGAUUUACUAUAUUUUUUGGAAGAAGCAUGCAGCUUAGUUUUUAUAGUUGUGUAACUGUUACAAACAUGCGGCCGCAUGUUGUAAUAGCAUUAAGCAUUUUGUGAGGCUGUUAUGUGAGACAUUCUGAUGGCUUAAUAUCUUUUUAAAAAGCUGAAAACAAUUGGACUCGCCAGUGUUUCUAUUACGUAUGUAUUGUGAAGACAGUCGAAGGAAUAAAAUGAAUGAAACAGACAAA